CACAUGUCCUGCACAAUACACACAGCUCAGCUGCUGAUAAGCUGUUUAGUACGGAUAUGAUAUCACAGGCCACAGCCAGCCCCAUCACUAUUACAUCUAUGACCGCCACUUCAGUGCCUACGCUUCCAAGUCCUGCCCCCAGUCCAUCACCUACAGCAUUAGGCAGUAGCCCUACCAGGCCCGACGAUGGAUUACUACCAUUUAGACGGAAAGAAAAGUGUUUAACAAAAGAAAAAAUGAAUGACUAUUUAAAAGAUCGCUGUCAUCAGAAAAUUAUAAUUCAACAUGCCAAAGUAGCUCAAAAAUCAUAUGGGAAUGAAAAAAGGUAAGGUGAGCAGCUAAGCUCAGUCGGAUAAACUGGUGGUAGCCACGCACUGAACCGUGGAGAUCUCUAGGUCCCCGGUUCAAUUCGCAUCGCUGCUCUUCUUGAGUUUCAGUUGGAAGGCUAAAAUGCGAGUUACGAUAGCGCACCGUCUUUCGGAUGAGACGUUUAAGCCAUUUGUGUCCAAUAUGGCCUGUGUGCAUGUUAAAGAAAGCUGUAGAACACUAUUCGGAAAAUAAUAGAGGAUUGUUUCCUGGUGUACGGCUUAAUCACCACCAGAAGAGUGUUAUCCUUGGUGUUUACACCAAAAAUGAAAAUGUAAAUUAUCAAACAGGAAAAAGUUUAGGAAUAUUCAACCAAUCAGGCAAUCAGAAUAAAAAUGUAUUCCUUAUUCUCAAAAAACUGAAAUCAUAAUCAAUAAUGAAAACGGCACCAAAAAUAUAGCACAACUUUUCUUAGACUGCCUAUAACACAUUUUAAAAUAUUAUAUAUAAAAUUACAAAAAAAAAAAAAAUUUUUUUAAUAAUA